UACUGCCACCUAUAUAUACCUCUCUCCCCUUACCCUCCUUCCACAUCACGAAAUUACAAACCUUUCAAAAAUGUCCACUUUCCUCUCUCUUCACUGCUUCCUCCCACUCUUCUUCCUCAUAUCCGUCUUUCACCUUUCCUCGGCGGCGAGGAACCUCAACGGCCAGGUUCAGGACCACUCUCAGCUGCUCCAUUACCACAAUGGCCCUUUGCUUUACGGCAAAAUCACCGUCAACCUCAUAUGGUAUGGCCACUUCAAACCCUCUCAAAAAGCCAUAAUAGCCGAUUUCGUUACCUCGCUCUCGUCACCACUUACUUCAAACAACCAGCCAUCUGUUAGCACGUGGUGGAAAACCACCGAGAAGUACUACCACCUGAGUCCCAGGAAAGUCGCUUCUCUCUCCUUAUCUCUUGGCGAUCAGAUUCUCGACGAAAGUUACUCGCUGGGGAAGUCUCUGACCACCAAGCACCUUGUCGAGCUCGCUUCCAAAGGGGGGCAGAAGAACGCUAUCAACGUUGUUCUCACAUCUGCUGACGUGGCGGUUGAGGGUUUCUGUAUGAGCCGAUGUGGCACUCACGGGUCUGCCGCUUCCGCGGGUCACGUGAACGGUGGCAAGAACUAUAAGUUCGCUUAUAUAUGGGUCGGAAACUCCGAAACCCAAUGCCCGGGUCAAUGCGCCUGGCCCUUCCACCAGCCCAUUUAUGGACCCCAGAGUCCACCUUUGAUUGCCCCCAACAACGAUGUGGGAGUUGACGGUAUGGUCAUCAACUUCGCUAGCCUCUUGGCCGGAACCGCCACCAACCCUUUCGGAAAUGGGUACUUCCAGGGUCCGGCGGGGGCUCCUCUUGAAGCUGCCUCUGCGUGUCCUGGGGUUUACGGGAAGGGGGCUUACCCUGGCUAUGCCGGGGACUUGCUGGUUGAUUCUACCACCGGUGCCAGCUACAAUGUGAAUGGUGCUAAUGCGAGGAAGUAUCUUGUUCCUGCUCUGUAUGAUCCUUCCACAUCUUCUUGUUCAACGCCGGUGUGAGGAUUUUGAUGAUGAUCCAUUACGAGACUAGAAACACGGAUUAGGGAGGUUGUACAAAUCUUCAAAUAAACAAACUUGUAGGACUAUUUCAUUUAUUUGUUUAUAUCUUCUGGAUAUGUACGCGGACUAUGUAGUAGAAAAGCAAAUGUUCUUCCAUUUGCUUCUUUUAAUGUUAUAAUUAAAAAUAUUGCGCUGGACAUAAA